UACCAGUCAAUGGAUGAAACGCGUAAUGUAGGAAUAUGGUAGGACAAAUUUCAUUUUACUCACAUUAUCUCCCACAGAUUUCCACGGCUGAAUUUCAGACUCAACACUCACUAUCCAUUUGUGAGAUAGCAAAACAGAUAAGGCUAUGGAAAUUGCUGGUACUAUUGCAAGCAUAGUGCAACUUUUCUGUGGACAUUGCUGUUCAAAUGACUCAAUCUCUGAACAAUGCAGCCAUUUGAGAAAACCUAAAAAAGUACUACAGAUAUUGGAAGACAAAAUGGAGUUACUUACUGCUCGAGAAGAGGAUGUGAAACAAAAGUUACACGUGGAAAAGGUGUGGAAUGGGAUGGAUCCGACAGCUGAAGUGAAGUUGUGGCUUGAAAAUGUGCAGAAGAUGAAAAAUAUAAUGACUAGUUUGAAAAAGGAAAUUCAAGAUAAUAAAAGCUGUUUAUGUGGAUGUUUUCCAAACUAUUACCGUAGAUUGAAGUUGGGGAACUCUGUUACUAAAAAGAUGCGUAAGGUUCAGAAGCUCCUUGAUAAUAGCAAAUUUUCAGACAGUUCAUUGGUUAUUAUGGUGCCAGGGAGAGGAAAAACUUUUCCGGGAACUACAUUAGUAGGGGAUACUGCCAAAGGAAUUUUGCUGAGAACUUGGGAGUACCUGAUGGAUGAAGAUAUUGGAAUUAUUGGUAUUUAUGGGAUGGGAGGAGUGGGGAAAACAUCCAUCAUUAAAGAAAUUAAUAAUGAACUGUUAAGCAAAAAGGCAAUCUUCGAUAAUGUUAUUUGGGUAACAGCAUCAAAGGAUUUAGAUCUAGAGAAACUGCAGAAGCAUAUUGCGAAAGAGAUAGGCUUAUCUUUUCACGAUGAAGAUAGUGAUAUUACAAGGGCUAGUGAACUAUUUGAAGCUUUGCAAAGAAGAGGUAGGUGUCUGCUAAUAAUUGAUGAUUUGUGGGAGGCAUAUUCUCUAGAGAACAUCGGAUUUCCUAACCCAACGAAGGAAAAUGGUUGCAAAUUGUUAAUAACUACUAGGUCAUCAAGUGUAUGCCGACGCAUGGAAACAGUACAAGAGAUUGAAGUUCACAAGCUUUCCAUGGAAGAAGCAUGGGACUUGUUUCAACAAAAGGUUGGCGAAGAGGUUCUCUCGUCCCCAAGAAUACGAGAUCUUGCUAAGGACGUUGUGAAUGAAUGUUCUGGUCUACCGCUAGCACUCAUUACAGUUGGACGGGCUUUGAGAAAAGAAAACAACAUUAGACAAUGGCAGGCGGCAUUGAGUGAGUUGAGGAACUCAACUGCCAACAUUGAAGGGAUGGAGAAUCAAGUUUUUGCACGUUUGAGAUUUAGCUAUGACAGACUAAUGGAUGAUAUUGUUAGCUCCUUCCUUUUUUGUAAAAGAGCUUAAGAAACCUGCAAUAUGUCUUCAAGAAUAGAAAAGAACCAACCAUGGACUUGAAGAACCAAAAGAAAAUGCAAAACAGGGAAGAACAGAAUGGAGAGAAAGAACAGCUUCUGGGACAAAAAAAAUCAGUCUUCAUUCAUUUUUUUCCAUCUAACAUACGUGCUUCAUACAUAACUUUUUACAUAGAAAAUGUAAAAUAUAUAAAAGGCUGAAUAUAGAGUACAUUAGCUUUCUAUUCAACAUGGUCAUUGCAGACUACUUUACAUCCUGCUGUAGAUUGGAAAAGAUAGCCUAAGUUAGGAGUUUAAAUAAAAGCUUCACUUCCUUCAUUCUCCUCCUUGAAGCUUUUAUUUAACACUCAACUUGAUGUUUCAAAUCAUCAAAACAACAUUUUGCUAGAAGCUUUGUAAGCAAAUCAGCCAUUUGAACUUGUGAAGGACAAUAUUGCAAAUUCACUUCUCCUUCUUUCUCAGCU